UGGACAAAGGCAUAUAUCCAAGAUCGAAAAAAUUUACCUCUACACCAGCAAAACCACGCAAUCUCACGCAUCGAAGACGAGGAACUAGCAGCCAAAAUCAAAUUGCACCUGCAGAGUUUGGGGAAAUAUAUUUGUGCACUGGAUAUUGUACAUUAUCUUGAUGAUCCCAUUGUGCGGAAUUGCCAUGGUUUCAAGAAAUUGAUCUCUGUAAGCACUGCUCAGCAGUGGCUUCAGAAAUUGGGUUAUCGGUGGAAAAAAGAGAAGAGGGGGCAGUAUUUUGAUGGUCAUGAACGUGACGAUGUUGUCCAUUAUCACCAAAAUGUAUUUCUGCCU